CCCUUCGCGCGGCCUGACUUCAUCAUUAUCGCGCGGUCGUUCCUCCUCAGGUGUAUGUUUGAUGAAGCCCGUGUUUAGAGGGUACACAGCGCCGGUGUGAUGGUGUCCACAGGGUGACUAGGUGAGAGGUGACCCCGGGCGUGCGUCGCGGGGGCGUGCCGUGACGUCACGGAGGAAGGCUGUGAUCUGAACGUCCGAGAUUACAGUAACAGUCCAGACCAGACUAAGAGCUCAGAAAGUCUCCGCGAGUGACCCCCGACGCGUGACCAGGGCAGUAAACGCUCUCAACCUUGACUGACCUCAUACACGCUCGCUUCAGUCCCCUGCACGGCAGAUUAACGGUCAGGAUCGCCGCUCGCUUCCACGGUGGCUGCGUCAAGAGAGCUCGGUCGUGGAGCGGGAUCGCGUCACGUAUUCCGGCGUGCAUAUAACCGUGACAGUCGCGCGGACAGAUCCGUAGAGCUCGCGUGGAUCCAUCGCGCCGCAGGGGUUCCUCAGAGACCGUCUCUCACAUGAUGUACACAAUAACCAGAGGUCCCAGCAAACUCGUGACACAACGGAGAACAGGCCCCACGCAGCAGAUUGAGAGCAAAGCGAACGACCUGAAACAGAAGCAGAGCCACUGGCUUGUGUCGGACUCACCAGCACCUAAGAUAGUAUUUCACCGGCUGAACGGAAAGCGGUUCCACAGACCAAGCUCUCCAAAAGCUGAAAACACUACUGAGGGAUUCACCCCAGCACACGAGGAAAAUGUUCGGUUUGUUUAUGAGGCUUGGCAGGAGGUGGAACAGAAGCUCGGAGAGGGAUCCCAGCCGGAGAACGGGAAAGGCCCGGUGCAGUACGCAGAGAGAAGCCCCAAUCCCGGCAUGAAGAAUUUUGUGCCUAUUGAUCUCGAGGAGUGGUGGGCCCAGCGUUUCCUGGCCAACAUUGCCAACCUGUCAUGACAGGUGCAUGAUGGGGCAUGAGGAGAUGUGGCUGACCGGUCCAGACUGAGGCAGUCCUGAUGAGCUCAGGUGAUCAUGCGAGAGAUGUGCACACUUCCUGUGGAACUGUUUGCCCAGCCGGACCCAGACUCUCUCUCAUGCACACGGAAGAUGAACAGAUUUUUCUUCUGCUUUUCUUUCUUUGUUAGAAUGUGAGAUGUCUGUUUUUCUGGGCAGAUCUUUGCAAAAAAGUGAUGUUAUAAAACAAAACAAAAAAAAGUCCAGUAAAAGUUUUUUUCAAGA